AUGAAAUGUUUUAAUGUGUUCAAGAAGGUGGAGGUCAAUAUUCCUCUUCUUGAUGCAAUCAAGACCAUUCAUACUUAUACUAAAUUUCUCAAGGAUUUGUGCACUCACAAGCGGUAUAAGAGUACAUUGAAGAAUGAUGACAAAGUGUGUUUGAAUGAGAGAAUUAGUAUCGUACUUCAAAGGAGGUUACCGCCCAAGUUCAAAGAUCCGGGUUCCUUUACUAUUCCUUGCAAGAUUGGUGAGAGACCAUUUGAGAAGGCAUUCAUGGAUUUGGGGGCUAGCAUAAAUUUGAUGCCCUAUGGUGUCUACAAAGAUCUUGGGUUGAGCGACAUCAAGCCUAUACAAAUUUCUCUUCAACUAGCCGAUAAAGGUGUGAGGUAUCCAAGAGGAGUUGUGGAAGAUGUGUUAUUGCAAGUUGACGAGUUGGUAAUACCGGUCGAUUUCGUUAUUCUUGACAUGGAGGAUGUUAACCAAGAUGAUCUCCCUAUUAUCUUUGGUAGAGCUUUUAUUGUCACAGCGGGAACAAAGAUUGAUGUGAAAUUGAGUUUGCUCACCAUGACCGUGUAUGACACCACAAUUGGGUUAAAGAUCUUUGAUGAAUUAAAGAAGCCCAUGAGGUUGCAAAAAGUUUACUCUACUGAAGUGGAGGACAAGAUUGAUGACUUGGUGGAGCACACUUUUCAUGAGACUUCAUCAAAUGAUAUAUUUGAAUCGGCACUAGCACACUUUGGGAUGAAUUUUUCUGAGGAUGAAACUUUGGAAGUCGAGGAUCACCUCGACUCUUAUCUUGCUUUGUCUUUGCCCACAAAAGAUGAUGGUUACUAUUCAAGAGAUGAGGCUUGUGAGGUGCAUGCCACUAUUAAUUAUCUCUCAAUGAAUGCUAGUCAUUCGGUUUUAAGUUCGACCUCUAUUGAAUUGAAGCCUCUUCUAUCACAUUUGAAGUAUGUUUAUAUUGAUGAUUCCCGUACCUUGCCCCUCAUUAUCUCUUCAAGUUUGUCACAUGAGCAAGAGUCCUUACUUCUUGAUGUUCUUCGGAGGCAUAAGGGUGCUUUUGGAUGGAAGAUCAGUGACAUCAAGGGGUUGAGUCCCACUCUUUGCAUGCACCAUAUUUUACAUGGAGGAUGA